AACCUAUAUUUGUUUCGUGAAUCUUCUCUCUUCUUCUUCUUCAAAUCUGAUCUCAUCUCUUGUGAAUAAUCAAUGGCGAGUAGUUGCGAGCUCUGCUGCGAGAUCUUAAUCGCAAUCCUUCUUCCUCCUGUUGGAGUUUGUCUCAGGCAUGGCUGCUGUACUGUUGAGUUCUUCAUUUGUUUGGUACUCACUUGCUUAGGCUACCUACCUGGGAUCAUAUACGCGAUUUACGCAAUUUUGUUCUUGCACCGAGAUGAGUACUUUGAUGAAUACAGACGCCCAAUCUACUAUGUCGCUUGAUCUUGUGAUUCUGAUUCAUUCAUUGCUCUCGAGAACAUUUGUAUAUUGCUUAUAAACAUGAAGCAUCUAGAUGUGUUUGUGACAACUCAUAGUAAAAUUCAACAUAUAUUUCAUAUAUCCGCGUAUUUUCGCAGGCU